AGCAACUCGUGCUAUUAGGGUGGUUUGUUUUGAUGAUUUUUUUUUAUCAUUUUUGACACAACGUAUUGGUGAAAAUUUUUUUGUUGACAUUCAAGUUCAGUGAUUUGACAGAGAUGUAAAAAUCCUGUAUUGUGAUUUUUAAGAGAACUUUAUAACGAAAUAUAUUAUUACAAAAUAAAUUACAAACACUUAUUGAAUUGGCAUAACGUGUCAAAUGUUUUAACAGUUAUUAUCGAUAAUUAUCCAGUCUAUUAAUUAAUUACUGCUCAUAACUAAAUACUAAAAAAAUAAAUUGCUUCAAAAAUGGAUGACGGUGAUUAUUUGGGUGCUUAUAAACGUUUCUUCAUAGAAUUCGUAGAGCGAAUGAAUGUUGAUGAUCAAUUACCAGUGAAAAUGUCAGGUCAUGAAAUUAGUGGUGAGGAAGUCACCGGAGAAGUAAUUGAUAUGACGCUUCAAUAUCUUAAUCAGAAAUAUUGUCCACCUAACUUGCAGUCAUUUUUGGUUCAUUUGGUAAUUCAAGAAAUAAAGCCAAUAUUCAGACUACAACCAGAAAUUUGUGGUUUGAAGCCAGAGAAGAACACCUACGCACCGUUAAAAUUGAUGCAGGCAGUAACAAAAAAAGUAAAUGAAAUUUGUCAGCGUUAUUUAGAUAACAGUAGGCUUGCUUUGCUUCCACCACCGCCGUCUGCACCUCUUCCUCUCACUUCAGUUUUUGCAAUAAGAAAUAGUAGACGAAAAAUGGAAGAUAGACAUACAAUAUUACAUGAUUUGAAUACUACUUUCAGUAUAGAGAUGAAGGAUGAUUAUCCAGCUAGUUAUUAUGCAGUUUUCGAUGGACAUGCGGGUCAAGAUGCCGCUGUUUAUUGUGCAACACAUCUUCAUCAGUAUUUAGCCGAAAGUGUUUACUACCCAGAUAAUCUAGAAUGUGCUUUACGUGACGCUUUCUUGAAAACUGAUGCUCACUUUAUUCAGAAAUGUAAAAAACAUACCCUAAGUAGCGGGACUACAGCAGUUUGUGCUAUAAUCUUCAACAAAAAUUUUUAUGUUGCUUGGGUCGGUGAUUCCCAAGCUGUUCUUGUGAAACGUAAUAGCGUUAAACAGCUCGUAAAUCCUCACAGGCCGGAUAGAUAUGACGAAAAAGAUCGAAUAGAAAAGAUGGGUGGACUCAUACUACACUACGGUAUGUGGAGGGUUAAUGGUGAUCUUGCUGUAUCACGAGCAAUAGGAGAUCCUAAGUACAAACCAUAUGUCACUAGUGAACCAGAAAUCUAUUCCGGGGUUCUUGAUGGAACGGAAGAUUUUCUUAUUAUCGCUUGUGAUGGGCUUUGGGAUUAUGUCAAUGAAAUCACGGCUGCUAAACUUGUAUAUGAACAAAUUUCUCGAGACUGUUAUAACCUCGAGGCAGUGAGCCAAUAUUUGGGAGACUAUUCGAAAAGUCAAGGAUCUUCGGAUAAUAUUACCAUAAUUGUUGUAUUUCUAACGCCACCAUAUCAAAUUGUAUCGAGACCUUUUUAUACUAAUUUUCUACUUGCGGAUGUUCGUUCAAACAACAUGGAAACAAACAAUCGGUUCAUGUCAGAUGCUAAUUCUCAAUAUGAUGUUAACACUGAACUUAUGAAUCAACAACCAUAUAAUAAAAAUGAAUCUGCUUUCAAUGCAUCAUCAUUUACAUGUGAAAAGUCUUCAACUGUUUAUCAAGAAAAUGGAACUGUGGCUUAUGGGGACCGAAACAAUGAAGAUCUUGGUCCUGAAAGUAACGUUGAUGCUGUCGAUGAUGCAGGUGACAUUUGUACGCUUGCAAAUGUUUCGAGAGAACUUUUUUGCGAUACAAAUUCCGACGAUGAUCUAGCUAUGGAGAAUAGUACAAAAAAUGAAUUUUCAUCUUCAAAGAAUAUGAAGCAACAACAGAAUUUAAUAAAUGUGGACAAUGUAGGUGAUAGCGACGAAUCAGAUGAUGAAUGGAACUUCUACAGAAUCGAACCAAAUAAAGAUACGGAAAAUUCUUUGGAACCCAAAGUGCCAACAGUGGUUACUGAACCUGGUGAAAUCAUAAAACCCGAAGUUAUCGGAAAUAAUAAAGAUCUAUGUGACCAAAACCCCAUAGACAGUGAGACAGCAAUAAACUCACUUACACCUGUUAAAACUGAGAUAAACGAAAAUAUCGAAACAUCAUUACUUUCCGCAGCUCUAAACAAUAAUUCUGAAGAAAUGGACUUUUCAUUAAAUCCAAACGCUGCUGAAUUUGUACCAGUAUCAUCCCCUUCUUUGAUUCCAUCACGAUUUAUGGAUAUGCCUAUAUCCGGGUCACCAUUGAAACAGACAUCAAUGAUGGACGAUAUCCGUUUACCAAGUCCAAAAGAAUUUAAAGAAGAAGCAAGUCAUCGCCCUCAUGAACUUGAAGAAGAGAAAGACGAAAAUAUCUCAUUAAAUGGCAAUGCUUUAAUUCGUGAAAAUUUCGAGGAGUUUGAUGACAAACAUAAAGUUACUUUGAAUUUGGAUGAUUCAGAAAUUUCAUCCACAAGAGCUGAAUUUGGCGACGAAUCAAACAUCAGCUGCCUUACCACCGAUUUUCAAAGAACAAGUGGUCUUGACGGAUCCUUCACCGAUACAUGUAGUGCUUCCGAAAGUGAUCCAAUGGUUAUGUCUGUUGGUCCAGAUGGAUUCAAUCCACUUAGAAAUCCUGUUGAUUUAAAUGCUAUCCAUGAUCUUAACGACUCUGAUUUGUGCGAUAUCAAUUCUUUUAGUGAAGAAAAAGAACAGACUCUUAUACCAUCAGAUAUCCAUCCGAAGGAAUUAGAUCUAAUGUCUUCAGAGACUAAUCACUUGUUAGACUCGGAAAAUCUUUCAGAUCAUGAAGAUCCUAAUAAUAAAAUAUUCACAUCAUCAACUGCUUCUACUGAUAAGGAAGAUGAAAUCACAUCACAAAUUGCCGUUAUGAAUUUAAAAAACGAGCAGUUGUCUGAAUUGUGUUUAGAAAAGACAAAUGAUUUUAUGGAUAUCACUGAGAAUCUUGAAGAUAUUAACAAAAAUCAGGAAAAUUCUUUACUUUCCAAAGAGCAGCUUGAGUCUCAACAAUGUGUAACUUUAGAGGAUGUUGAAAUUCAUACAUUAUCACAAAAUCAGUCUGAGUCGCCAAUAGAACAAUCUUUUACUUCCUCCUGUGAAAAUAAAAAAUUCGAAGAUAAUCAAGAGGUUGAUUCAACAGACCAAUAUGAGGAAAAUCCUUUCUCUGGCCCAGAAACACUAGUUUCCCAUGAUUCUGUGGAUAUUAAGAUUAUUACGGAGCCAGAAGAUACUUACAAUCAUGUACACACAUUGGAAGAUCAAGAUCAAGCAGAAAAUCUCUGUAAAGAAAGAGACAACGAACUCGUUAUUCCAAUAUUGAAUGUUUCAGAAAGCAAUACAUCUACUGAUGCUGAAACUCCAAUAGUUGAAGAUUUAAAAAAUUCAGUUGAUGAAAAAGAAAUUGAAAAUGUAAUAGCUAGUUCAGAAAAAUCGAUGAAACUUUCAGAGUCACUUCAAGAAUUCACUGGCUUAGAAAAAGAACUUAGUCCUAUUGGAAGCAAUAAAGAUACUGUAAAAAGUAAUUCUGAAGAACAUUUCGAAAAACCAGAGCUACAAAAUAUUCCUACAGAAAAUGUCGUUAUUGAAAAUUUAAAUGAAGGUGUAGACAAAAUAACAACAACUGAAUUAUUGCCGGAAAAAACAAAAGUUUCAGCUGUUGCAGCAAAAAAUACUACAACUGUUACUGCGAAAUCAAAGUCAAGUAAACCAACAUCAAAAACUGCUACAAAAACAUCAACAAUAAAAUCAUCUAUAAAAUUGACGCCUACUGCUCUGUCAAAGCCAUCAGGAAGCGUUGGGUCUCGUUCUACUGUUUUACAUACUGCUACAAAAAAAGUAACAGGAACUAAUGUUGCUACAAAUCCAACAUCUACCGAUAGUUUAAAAAUGACAACGUCAAGUAAACCUUUAUCAAAAUCUGGAAUCAAGCCCAUUUCUCGAGCAACUUCUGUAUCUCAAUCGAAACCUCCUAUUACUCAAAGCUCAUCAACUACUACGGUAGAAAAAAAAUCUACUGUUACAACUAAUGGAGAUCCGAAGACAACUACGAUCUCUUCGAAGCCUCUAGUCAAGUCAUCGAUAUCUUCUACUCGUCUUACUACGACAUCAAAAUCAAAGUCUUCUGUAGGAACCACUGGAUCUAAACCAAUAUCAAAAACUGCUGCGGAUACUAAGUCUACUGGAAUCACUUCAAGACCCAAAACGGCUCCUUCUGCAUUAGCUGCUCCUAAAAAUCGUGUAUUAAAUUCGGCAAAACCACCAGUCUUCGAUAAGAAUACUAAAGAAACCGCUAAUAAGCAAAUAUCGAGUCGCAUAACAUCCACUACAAGUUUAAAAACAAACAGUACAACCGGUAAUUCCACAACUACGACAGUAUCGACAACAGCGAGACGCAGUGCUGCUCCAGCUACCAAACAGCUGUCAUCCACUCGCACGACUGCUAAGAAUGUUAAAACAUCAACUAAGACGAAUACUUCGAAAAUUCAACCAUCGAAUAACAUCAAUGAGAUUAAAAAUAAUAAAAUUAUAGCAGCAGAUACAGCAACGAUUACAAAUAUUGAAAAUGUACCGGAAAAGGAUUCCUCACUUACACCUACUGUAGAAAAUCAACAAAUUAUUCCUGAUGAAUUAUAGUAAUUCAAUAAAUGAGCAAUUUGUGAUCGAGUUACUCAUAAAUAACUGACAGCGAUAAUGGGGAACAAUGACAUGAUUGUUUAGUUUUUUCGUUGGCUUCCUGAUAUUCAUUUUUAUAAUAUUUUUAUUUAUAAUUCAAACUUCCAAAAAGUUUUAUACUCUUCAUGUGUUCUCUCUCUCUCUCUCUCUCUCUCUCUCUCUCUCUCUCUCUCUCUCUCUCUCUCUCUCUCUCUCUCUCUCUCUCUCU